CGCCCUGGAUCGCCCCACCUCCUCUGUGCCUUCCUCCUUCCUGGGGCAGGAUAGUGGAGCGCGUCGGAGGCGCCUGCAGAUGCGGGCGAUCCGCAGUUUGCUUGUGGUUUUAUUUGUAUGAAGUAUUUUAUGUGGAGCCAGUAACCGAUGUACAAAUGAAGACCUUAUGCCAUAAGAUUGAUUUCCAAGGUAUUUCAAGGAUCCAGAUGCUACUGUGGAAGUAAACACGUAACAUCUACCUUCCUGACCCUUGUCACGGGGAAAUAAAGAAUCGAAGGCAUUAUCACUAGAUUAGUCACACUGUGACAUUGUAUGGGCUAAUGACUUCACCAGAUCAGAGGACAGAAAUCUGUCACAUUAUGUGCCAUGUAUAACUGGAAUUCAUAAAAAUGUCAGGUGUGGUCCCCACAGCCCCUGAGCAGCCUACAGGAGAAAUGGAAAACCAGUUCAAAUCACCAACUGCAGCGCCUGAUGCCCCUCCUGACUACAGCUCUCAUUUUGUGCCAGGCCCUGCUGGACCAGCUCUCCCUCCACCUUCAGGCUUACCCAUGGGAUAUAACGUUCCACAGCAUCCUGGUGCCAUCCCCUUGUACCACCCCAUUGGUGGUACCCGUCCUAUCCAGUACCAGCCUGGCAAAUAUCCUAUGAGGAAUCAGUCUGCUCCAGUAAUGUGGAUGCCAGGGCCAACUCCUAUGUCCAGCUGCCCUCCUGGUCUGGAAUACUUAGCUCAGUUGGACAACAUACAUGUUCUUCAGCACUUUGAGCCUCUGGAAGUGAUGACAGGUUAUGAAACUAAUAAUAGAUAUGACAUCAAAAACAAUGUAGACCAGAUGGUUUACAUCGUAACUGAAGAUACAGAUGACUAUACCAGGAAUGCCUAUCGGAACCUCCGGCCCUUUGUGCUCCGAGUCACUGACUGCCUGGGCCGAGAGAUCAUGACCAUGCAGAGGCCUUUCCGAUGCACCUGCUGCUGCUUCUGCUGCUCCUGCGCAAGGCAAGAGCUGGAAGUACAGUGCCCUCCCGGGGUCACCAUUGGGUUUGUGGCAGAACACUGGAACUUGUGCAGGGCCUCUUACAGCAUCCAAAAUCAGAAGAAAGAGAAUAUGAUGAGAGUGCGUGGUCCAUGCGCAACCUACGGCUGUGGUUCAGAUUCUGUUUUUGAGGUCUACUCUCUAGAUGGAGCCUCUAACAUCGGCAGUAUUAUCAGGAAGUGGAACGGCUUUUUAUCAACCAUGGCAAAUGCUGAUCACUUCGAGAUUUGCUUCCCUUUGGACCUGGAUGUGAAGAUGAAAGCCAUGAUUUUUGGUGCUUGCUUCCUCAUUGACUUCAUGUACUUUGAAAGGACUCCUCAACGACGUUCAUCCAGAUAGAGGGAUGAAGCAAAGCAUCAGUUGAAGACAAAAUUAGAGAAAUGUGCAUUGAGCUCACAGCCAGUCUUCAGUUAUUUACAAGUGUAUUUCUCUGGCAUGAACAUUGUUUUCACUGGUAUAAGUUCAAGAAUACAGUCAGGACACAUGUCCCCAGUCCAGUAUUUGGCUUCCUGGGACACUAGCUUAUUCUGAAAUAUCUGCUCUACUAGCCAAGUAAAUAUAUACAAUGCAAGCAAUAAAAAAAUAGGCACAUGAGCCAUGGGAAAAUUAAGCUCUUAAUUGUCAACUUAACAGGUGGUAACAUACCUUCUGCGUCUGUCCCUCUUUUCUUUGUCAAGAGGGCAAACUUGAUUUCAGGUGAAAGGACUGCUACUCUUAUUCUUCAUCUUUAGGACCAGAAAAGGCACACAGAAAUAACACAGAAAUGAUGUGCUUUAAUGAGCAAAGAAAAUGUUUCUUGUAAGCAUGUAGCAGAAUCUUGUUCUGCAACAUUCAUAAAAGUCCAUAAAGUUCUCAGCGGGGAAUUCGAUUUUAUUACAAAAUAAAAUGUGUUCUCUUUAUAGUGCAGUUUAUAUUUCCCAUAAAUAUUUCUUUAUUCCUUCAGCUGGACAAUUUGGAACUACCUAUUUAUAAAGGCAGGAUAAGGCUACUAGGGAAAGUUGACCAGGACCACAGCCAAAUAAGAUCUUUGCAUCUUAGGGCUUGGGCGCUUGAGUACAAACCCUGGACAUUUACUUACUUGGCACAUUACACACACUUUUAUAUCUGAAUGUUUAUCUUGGUGUCUAGGAUUGCCUAUUGUAUCUUUGUAUCUCAUUUGACUUUUUUCAAAAUCAAUCUAAUGACCAGGAUAUUCUAAUGACAAGCAGUUUAUAAAAACUGAAUGUAUAAAUUUUAUCAUUGUUUAACACUGCUUAACUGCUUUAUAUGUUAAACAACUCUUUCUAUGUAAACAAUAGGAAAACCCAGUAAAUAUGUUGCCUCCAGAUGAUCGACGAGGACUAUGGAGGACCAGCAGAGUACUUGUUUGUAUUAAAGAUGUUGUCUGUAUGAAUACAUAGAUUAGAGUCUCUCACUUGGGCUUCCUACCUGCUGGUGGACUGUGUUCUUUCAUGGACGUGUUCUUUUAGAGUUUUUUAAAUGAAGACUGAAUGCUCUUA